GCGCUGCCCGUUGCCAGGAUACAGUACAGUACAACUUCAGUAACUAGCUGCUAGCUGGAAGCUAACAAGACUCUGCGCAGAUGAACUGAAGCGACAUAUGUAAACAUAAAACACAUUUAUGUGGUAUAUAUUUUAUUAAUGUAUAGAUUAAUAGUCGUCUUUAUAAAGUUACAUCGUGUGUUGGUUGGUCCGGACGGUUUAAACCUUCCGGGGUUCGGUUUGUCGUUAGCAUUGGGCUUAUAUUAGCCUGAGGAGCUAACGGCUGUAGCGGGGCAGAUAAACGGCGGAGCGGCUCCAGAGCUCUUCUCCCCGGGACAUCAGUGUGAGCGGCCGCGGCUGGCUUCACCCGGUGACCUGUGAGCGUCCCAUGGAGCGGCCUGACCGGGGCAAAGACACCCGACUGCUGAAGAACCAGCCGUACGACGAGAGCUUGGAGGUGAUCGACUCCGAGGAGGUGACGAGCGUCUACAGCCCGACACCCCGCAGCCGGCGACAGUCAGAGUCCAGGAGGAGCAGGAGGGGGCGUGGCCUGAUGUCGGCCAACAGCGGCAGUGACGAGUUUGAUGAUGACCACGCGCCUCUGAGGGCCAACGAGGUGAGCGGCAGGCAGCCCGGAGUCGGUCCACACGAGGAGGACGAGGAGGAGGAAGAGGAGGACGAAGAGGAGGAGGACUCCGAUGAAGACGACUCCGACGAUGAUGACGAGCCCAGUAAGGCUCCGGAGGGAGCGUACGAUCCCGCCGACUACGCCAACCUGCCCGUCAGCACCGAGAUCAAAGAGCUGUUCCAGUACAUCACACGGUACACCCCUCAGUCCGUGGAGCUGGAGCACAGCCUGAAGCCGUUCAUCCCGGACUUCAUCCCGGCUGUUGGAGACAUCGACGCCUUCCUCAAGGUGCCAAGGCCAGACGGGAAAGUGGAUAGUCUGGGUCUGCUGGUUCUAGACGAGCCCAGUGUGAAGCAGUCGGACCCCACGGUGCUGUCCCUGUGGCUGUCAGAGGAGACCAAACAGCACGGAGCUGCUGAGCUGAAGAAGGUGACGAGUGUGGCGAGUCCUCAGUCCAACCCUCGGGCGGUGGACAGCUGGGUGGAUAGCAUCAGCGCCCUGCACCGGUCCAAACCUCCGGCCAGCGUCCAGUACAGCCGAGCGAUGCCCGACAUCGACAGCCUGAUGCAGGAGUGGCCGGCCGAGCUGGAGGAGCAGCUGGGCCGGCUGCAGCUGCCUCCGGCCCGCCUGGACUGCAGCCCCGCCCAGUACGCCGACAUCAUCUGCAGCUUGCUGGACAUCCCCGUCCAUGGCAGCCGGAUCCAGUCUCUGCACCUGCUGUUCAGCCUCUACCUGGAGUUCAGAGACUCGCAGCACUUCACACGCAGAGCCUAGAGACACCUCACACACUCACACACCCACCUGGGUUCAGUCAACAGGACGUCCGGUAUCAGAACGGGACCUGAGAAGAUUUAAAGUGUAGGUUGACUGUUAUAAACAUGUUUGUAUUUGUCACAAUAAAAUGUCCCAAUGGUUUGA